AUGGCGUUUUCUCACAAAGCCAGAUUCUCUGUACAAGGCAAGAUGGUAACGUUUUUAUGGAGAGCAAUCCGGGGUAUCCUGCCUACCUCAACCGCCUUAAUUGAAAAAAGAGUUGACAUAUACCCGUACUGCCCUAUGUGUGCCAUUAGUUAUGAGGAUGUUAGGCACUCACUUAUUGGAUGUGAAUAUACUAACCGUGUUUGGAAUGAAUCUCAUCUCCCUAUAUUUUCUAUACAUGGUGGAUCGUUUGCAGAAUGGUUCCAAAAUGCUAUGUCUAUGUUAACCCCGGAUGUUAUUAUUCGAAUUGUUGCAGUACUUUAUCAAGUGUGGAAUGCGAGAAACACCGUGCUAUGGGAAGCGUACCUGCGUGCACCGAAACAGGUCUGGAUGGCUGCAGUUGCGUCACUUGCGGCAUGGACAAUCGCUGGACAGCAGGUGGCAGCCCCAACUCUACAGCAGCAGCACGUGCCUUCUUACGCUGGAUUAGCCUGCUUCUUCGACACAACAUACGAUCCCAACACAUGUGCAGCGUCGUAUGGGGUGGUCUUGCGUGUGGAAGGAGGAGCUUUUAUGGCUGCUAUGAACGAACCAUUACCAUACUGUGAGAAUGCUCUUACUGCGGAGGCCCUCGCUUGCAAGGAAGCACUAUCUUGGCUCAGGGCUCGUGCUGUUACAACAGUUACAAUUUACACGGACUGUGCAAUCGUACAGAAUUAUAUUUCAAAGACAUCUUCUACUCCGAGAUCGUAUGUUGGCAUAGUCAUCAAUGACUGCAGGGCUAUCAUGGCCACGUUUACUUAUGUUAGUUUAUUUUCGGUUUCAAGAACCUUUAAUUUUAUUGCUCAUUCCUUAGCUUCGUUUGCUUCGGCUCAGGCCACGAUGUAUUGGAAUUUGAUCCCACUUGACUAUGUUCUACCGUAUCUUCAGUAA